CAGAGCGGUCACGAGUUUCCGGGAGAUUGGCGCGUUGGACGGUGCGAUUCCAGAGAACGGUAGUCCGUCGUUGUAGUCGCAUCAGGAGGGGUUCCGGAGGGUGAGGAGCUGCUUGAUAUUGUGACGGGGCAGGUUCCAGGUAGACCUGGGACGGUAUCUCUGUGCUUGUAGCGUCCCUCUCCAGCGGUUCCUCGUCUCUCUUGCGCCUGAAGUUUGAAUACAGACGACAGCUGCUGCCAUGUCUAUUGGAGUGCCAAUUAAAGUUCUGCAUGAAGCAGAGGGCCAUAUUGUGACCUGUGAGACCAAUACAGGUGAAGUGUACCGAGGGAAGCUCAUUGAGGCAGAGGACAACAUGAACUGCCAGAUGUCCAACAUCACAGUGACCUACAGAGAUGGGCGCGUGGCACAGUUAGAGCAAGUGUACAUCCGGGGAAGCAAAAUUAGAUUUCUCAUCUUACCAGAUAUGUUGAAAAAUGCUCCAAUGUUGAAAAGCAUGAAGAACAAAAACCAAGGCUCAGGGGCUGGAAGAGGCAAAGCAGCCAUCCUCAAAGCCCAGGUGGCUGCAAGAGGAAGAGGACGUGGAAUGGGGCGUGGCAAUAUUUUCCAGAAGCGAAGAUAACUUUGGACUGUUUCUGCUGGGUGAACUAAAAGCUGUCAGAAUCCAAUUGCUUUUGUGUGUUCCAAUAAAUGUGUUUCUUAGAAAACCGUAA